AUGCCUCUACAACUACCAGGGUUCUAUUUUGACGAGGAGAAGAACAGCCGUUUGGACGCCUCGAGCUUCGCUGCGACCUCGAGGUCCGAACAUACGUCUCCACCUCUAAUCGGCGAACUGACGACAUUCACGAAAGCAACCAACACCGCCGGGGACACCCACUUCCUCGUUGGCGACAGCUAUGGCUGGAUCUGUCGCGCCACUAUCCCAUAUAACGAAGACGACUCGUACCAUGAUACCCCCUCGCAAGAUUUCUGGGGAAUGGACUUCAAUCUGAGCCCGAGCUCAGAGAUCUCCUCAAUGUGCUCUUCAGGUUCUCGCUGCGUCGCCACUUCUGCUGGCAAAGCGGCCAAGAUAACGGUCAUGGACCUCGAUUCCGCAAGUCUCAACGGGCUGCAUGACAUCUGGACCAGCCAUCUAUCAGGACGCUCGUUGGUAAUAGGGGCAGAGCGUCAAGCCGUUUACAUAGAAGACAUCGACGUUGGCCCACCGCUGCGAACUCUAGAAACGCAAAGCGACGUCUUCUCUGUCUACAAAUCUGACUCUCUCGUCUAUACAGGAGCUCGGAACGGGGAUAUUUCGCGAUUCGACCUCCGGUCAAGCAAGCCAGACGUCUUGGGGCCACUGCUCCCAGGUCGGUUCGCUGCCAACUGCGACUCGAUCAAGGGGAAUACGAAGACCAGAAAACGAAACACCGGCCAUGGCACAAGCAGGACGUCGGUGGUCCACCUCGAUAUCAUAAGAGAGUGGCAACUCCUCGUGAGUCAUAUGGACGGACGACUGGCAACAUACGACCUUCGAUUUUUGCGUGACACAAGACCCGUCCGCUCUUUCAACGGACACGUAAACACAUUGACCCGUCGCUUGGGCAUCGCCGUAGAUCCCCAGCAGAACUUUCUGUUUGCUGCAGGUGAAGAUGGCUGGAUUCGCGGAUGGUCAUUGCAGACCGGCGAGUCCCUCCACCCGCCUCCGCUUUCGAAUCCAGGAAACAACGGAUCAGGACCUCAUCCUGCUGACUAUUCCGGCAGGUCUUUGUUGGCAACGCGGUUCUUGAAGCCCAUCGUCUCCAUGCAGAUCGCAGAAGAACCGGGUGGUCUGUGUUUAUAUGCGGCUGGGCCAGGUGGAGAUACUUUACCUUCUGUACACAAGUAUUUCCUUGGUGACGCAAGUGCGGCCUCUUAG